AUGGACGAAUGCUACACAGACGACACGAAAGCCUCGCAAACGACCACGCAAUCUACUCACCGCCUUCUCUACCGAGGCGCACUCUCGCUCCCCGAAUCGCACAUGGUUCUCGACGGGCUGAGCUUUACAGCCCCUCUUGGAACAUCCGCGCUGGCUGCGUCGAAGCUCAACGAUGUCAACUUCGACUUAUUCAACCAUCCUCUCGCGCUCGCGCUCGAAAGUAUGCGUGGCAGACCCAGUCUGCAUCUUGUGGGCGCUGUCGAGAUGCGCAAGCUUUGGGUGGACGAGAAGAGCUCUGGAGUGGUGCAACUAGACAUCCACCCGAAGGCGACACUCAGCCGAUUAUACUUUGAGAAUAUAUUCUGUCUGGAGCCUUUCACGUCUCCUACCGGACGAAGUGACUACGGAGUACGCGUCAGCCUCAGCGACAGCGGCGACUCCAGUGCAGAAGACAUUAUCAUCUACGCCCAACUUGAAUCCACCUCGUCCGACGUCUUCGACAGCCCCCUCACUCCUCCCUCUACCUCCACCUCUCCCUCACAGCCCAUCCGCCUCCUCGUCGCACGACCCCACACCCCGGAUGCCCUCCCUCCCCACUCCCACGACCGCCGCGAAGCGCAAGCGGGACGCGUCCCCCUCUCGCGCGACAAGAAGUCCCGAUCCGCGGCAGGGAAGGACAAAGACGGCCCGGACGCGGAGGCACUGCGCAGGGCGCGCGAGACGAUGACGCGCCUUCCCAAAGCCAUGUCCGCCCCCGCUGUGCCGAAGGCGGGCAGGCAGGUGGAGUUCAAGGUGCCGAGUGUCCCGUCGCGGGCCAGCGCGAAGGUGCGCCAGGCGAGCGUGGACGGGGACGCGUGCGAGAGCCCUGUGGACGCGUUCAACGCUGCGCAUGUCGCAGGUGGGGAGUUUGCGACGUUCUCGGCGGACCAGAAGGAGAAGACGAACAAGACGGUCGUGAAGCAGGCGGUCGUACGCUGUCUCUCGGAUCAUGCUGUCACGAAGCAGCACCCAGAGUUCCACGACGUGUUCCAGUACAUCUAUAGAGGGACGUGCUUCGCGUUGCGGUCACAAAUGCGCAGUACACCGGUCGAUCUCUGGAGUGUGUACAAGCUCGUGGAUUCACAUGCAAAGAUGUACGUCCCUGCUGGGGAACGUGGGGUUUCAUAA